AGGCCCAGGUGCCGGGCUUGGGAAUGGAGACUCUUGUCUUGUGGGCAGGAAGUGCGGGUGCUGAGUAGCUCAAGGGCCCUGGGGAGGCGGUGGGGCGCAGGAGGGGUGUGUGUUGUGGUGAGCAGGAGCGGAAGGAGGAAGCACCAGCCACCACAGCCAUAUUCACUGUGCAGCCAGGAAGUGCUCCUGGGAUCCCAGGCCAAACAUCCCUUCUUGGGCCCUCUGGAGGGUAGAUGUGGAUUCUCAGUUACACCCUGGGCCAGCACUCCCUCUGAUCCAUACAAUGAGGCCGUGAUGCCAGACUCGCUUGGGGGGCUCCUGUGCAGCUUUCACUUUGUGGAUGAUGGACGACUACAGACUCUCUGACCACCCCCAACCCAUGGAAUUUCUCAACAUCUACUUGGGAGACAACCUUCAGCCUGACCCAGGCACAAGCCUGAGGGACAUGUGUCACCAUCAGGAUCCUUCUGGACCCCUCAGGCAAGAUGCUGCUUCCCAGGGCUCUGGGAUGGAGCUCACGCAUUUGGGCAGCUGCUCUUCCCAGGAGGAGUGCAGGCAGAGUCCAGCACUGGGAGGGGCACCUGGUGACAGCCAUCCUGUGGGGAGCCCAGGGCAGAACCCAGGCACAUCCACGCAGGUAGUAUUCUGGGCAGGCAUCUUGCAGGCCCAGAUGUGUGUCCUGGACCUGGAGGAGGAGCUGGAGAAGACAGAGGGGCUCAGGGCUGAGCUGAGACGAUGCCUCCCCACAGUCCCAACAAACCUUCCUGGGGACGUAGGCCUGUGCAGCAGUGCCCCUGAGGAUGAGGACUCUGGGGAAGACAGCAGUGGACCCGAGGUAGAGCAUGAGACAUGGCCAAGACAGGGAACCCCAGGCUUUUCCCCAGAGUGGGGUUCUGAAGAGGAGAGUCUGUUCUUCAAUAAUCCCCUCUUCCUGGAGAGCCCUUGUUCGGAGGCCAAUGCUUCUGGAGAAUGCUUUUCUUGGGGGUUCCCAGACCCCCACGCAGAUGUGAAGACUGGACUUGAGAGCCCACAGACCCUGGAGACGCCCCUCUUGGGAGGCUCAGUUCCACAGGAGCUGGGAAGUGAGCCAGAUUUGGAGGACAGCUCUGCUGAUGCUAGUGGACACAGCACCCCUCCGUUUCCUGUGCCCAUCUAUAAACCACACUCCUUUUGCUGUGCCCCAGUGUUCCCUGUUGAGGGGACUUUCACAGCCCCUCCCGGUCAGCGGGAGAGUGAGACUUCUCUGGGAGAUAGGCUUGGUCCUGCCCUAUCUGGAGCACACCUUGUGGAUAAAGCGACCUGGGAAACAGAACACCUUGGAUCUCACCUUAGUCCUGCCACAUAUCCUGUGCAACCUUGGGACCCUCCCAACCCUCAGAGCUGGCAGACCAAAGAAGGUCCUUCUAGGCCUCAGGUGCCUCUUAUUUUCCAGGACAGAGUUUCUUCCUCAGGUGACAGUGAGGCUGGGAACCCCCAGGAAUCUGCUCCCUGUACUUUGGCUGCCCCCAACCCCUGGGAGAGCCCAGCUUCUUCACCGGAUCCUAGCAGCCCCGAGUCUGAGGACAGAGGCCCUGGUCCCAGGCCUAGCCCAGCAUCAUCCCAGGAGGGCAGCCCGAAGCUGCAGCGCCACAGCUUGGGCACUUUUCCCAAGUGGACACUAGAUGCCUCAUACUCCUCACUCUUGGAGACAGAUGGAUUAGAGCCAAGUUUCCUCGAGAAAGAGGAGGUGGGGGAGGCCCCAAGCCCAGGGAAGGAAGUAAGGAGUGAAGUCACCAUCAGCCCUACAGAGGCUGGAGGCUCCCAGCCCAGCGUUCACCUGACUCCUGCACAAGGGUCCCUUCAGUCAAGGCUCUUGAGCUCCAGCUCCGACCCUGAGGCUGGGACACCCCCUACCACGAAUGACCUGAAAGCACACUUGACCCAGAGGCCCUGCAUCUCCAUUCCAAGCAAGAUCCUGAGAGCACCACUGGACUUUUUCAGGCUUCCUGAGGACCCCAUGCCCCAAGCACGGUCCCCAGAGGAGGACCAGAGGCCAUCAGCUGGAGAUAAGCUGGCUAAUGGCAUCAGGAACGACAAGGUGGCCUGGAACUUGGCCUCACGGCUCUAUCACCUAGACGGCUUCCGGAAGUCUGAAGUGGCUGCCUACCUGCAGAAGAACAACGACUUUAGCAGGGCAGUGGCUGAGGAAUACUUGUCCUUCUUCCAGUUUGGAGGCCAGAGUCUGGACCGAGCCCUCCGGGGCUUCCUCCAGGCCCUGGUGCUCAGUGGGGAGACGCAGGAGCGAGAACGAAUCCUCUACCAGUUUUCUAGACGCUUCCACCACUGCAAUCCAGGGGUCUUUCCCUCGGCAGAUUCUGUACAUACCUUGACAUGUGCAAUCAUGCUCCUUAACACAGACCUGCAUGGACAGAACAUUGGGAAGAGCAUGAGCUGCCAGGAAUUCAUAACCAACCUGAACGGCCUGCAGGAUGGUGGCAACUUCCCCAAGGGGCUGCUGAAGGCCCUCUACUGGUCUAUCCGCAGCGAGAAGCUCGAAUGGGCUGUGGAUGAAGAAGACUCAGCCAGACCUGAGAAGGCCCUGCCAUCCUCGCCAGCUGGCAAGAUGAGCAGCCCCUUCCUCCAGCUGGCCCUGGAUCCCAUGGUGACCACCUACAAGCAGGGCAUCCUAGCUCGGAAGAUGCAUCAUGAUGCAGAUGGCAAGAAGACACCAUGGGGCAAGCGUGGCUGGAAGAUGUUUCACACCUUACUGCGAGGGAUGGUUCUCUACUUCCUGAAGGGAGAGGACCACUGUCCCGACGGGGAAAGCUUGGUGGGGCAGAUAGUGGAUGAGCCUGUGGGGGUACACCAUUCGCUGGCCACUCCAGCCACCCAUUACACCAAGAAGCCGCACGUCUUCCAGCUGCGGACUGCUGACUGGCGCCUCUACCUCUUCCAAGCUCCCACUGCCAAGGAGAUGAGUUCCUGGAUUGCGCGCAUCAACCUGGCCGCUGCCACGCACUCCGCUCCACCCUUCCCUGCCGCCGUGGGCUCCCAGCGCAGAUUCGUGCGGCCCAUCCUGCCCGUAGGCCCGGCCCGGAGUUCCCUGGAGGAGCAGCAUCGAUCCCACGAGAACUGCCUGGAUGCUGCCUCAGACGACCUGCUGGACCUGCAGAGGCACUUACCCGAGCGACGGGGCCGCAGCCGCGAGCUGGAGGAGUACCGUUUGCGGAAGGAGUACCUAGAGUACGAGAAAUCCCGCUAUGAGACCUAUGUGCAGCUGCUGGUGGCCCGACUGCACUGCCCCUCUGAAGCCCUGGACCUGUGGGAGGAGCAGCUGGGGAAAGAAGCCGGAGGCAUGCGGGAGCCCAAGCUCAGCCUGAAGAAGUCCCACUCCAGCCCAUCCCUGCACCAGGAUGAGGCCCCCACCACUGCCAAGGUGAAGCGCAACAUCUCAGAGCGCAGAACCUAUAGGAAGAUUAUCCCCAAGCGGAACCGCAAUCAGCUGUGAAGCUGGCACUGCUCACAGACAUUGGUCCCUGUUCUGGGGUACACUUGAGAUGAACCUCUGUGUGUGUUGUGGGCAGGGGACUUAUUUCAGUGGGUCCAUGACAAGAAAUGAGCUACGUCCCUUCCCUGCUGAAGAACAACCCUUGUUUCCCUGUAGUUCUCAUAUCCACUCCCAAGGGAAGAGGUAGUCUAGGACUUGGCUCUAUUCCCAGAGUUUGUCCUAUGUCGCCCUCCAUCCUUGGAAUCUAAAGUGGGCUCAUUUCCUGGGCCUGGUGGCAAUUGGCAUUUGAGAAUUAGAGCAUAUGUGCAGUGGGUCCUGGCUUCUGGGAGAGAGUUUGGGUCAGCAGAGGCAUCUGAGCAGGCCAGCCAGGGGACCCACAGCCCCCAAGAUGGUCUUUCUGUGGGAAAUAGGUGGUCUGCCCAGGGAGGCCCCAGGAGAGCAGGUCAGGGACUCCUGGGAGCAGGGUCACUGAGGCCCUGCCACCGAGCGGACAGCCUUCUGCACAGGGACCUCUGCAGGCUUCAAGGGCUGUGUGAGGCUGUGAAGCCCCAGGUCUUUGUCUCCUGGCUCCUUUCCCCCUAUAAUCAUCCAUGUGCAGGGCCAGAUGAGAGCCUCACAUGCCCAACUGCUGAUCAGUAGAGCAGAGCCGAGCAUGUGAGCAACAGCCAGGAGGGUGGAGAGCCCUGGAGCCCUGGCACAAGCAGCCUUUGUUUCCCCAGAGCAGGGAAGAAGGUUCUCCAGAUUCAGACCACUAGAGAGUAUGGAGAAGUAAAGAGGUGAUGGUUCCCCCUUGGUGGUCUGUGGGCAUACAGCUGUGGAGAGUUGUGAGGGGUGGGAUGGGGGCUAGGGACCAGGGAGGCCUACGCCAGGCUCAGGAGACCUCUUCAUGUGCUCCUUCCUACUCAGUCCUGAAAGCUUUUUUCCUGAGUGGUGCCAGGACCCCUGGCUACCCUGGGGCUAGCUCACAGGGGCUCUGCUGCUCUCGCCUGGGAAAUCCCCCUGCCCUGCCCUCUGGCUGCCUCCCAGCUGGGCCUGUUCUUGGGGGAGGUUCCGGAGACUCAUGGAUGUGGGGCUCUGCCUGUGGGAAGGAGGCUGGGCUGGAGGGAGAAGCCACCAUUGUCUCUGUUCAGCCAAGUGUGUGAGCAGGCAGCCCGCCAAGAGGGGCCUGCUGCUGCUGCCCGCUGCCACUGCCUGCCGCUGACGCACUGCCUCUCCUGCCUUCCUGCUGGGCCACCAUCCUCUCUCCCAUGCUUGUGAUCAGCCCGAGGCCUGGAACUCCCAGAGUGGGGUUGGUCUGCAGUGUCUCUGGCCAUGGCAAUAAAUACAGACCAACCAAGAAGGAGGAGUGCAUUAGUGUGUGAAGAAAGGAGGGUGGGUGUGGAGGCUCCGUCCCCCCUGCCCCGUGUGCCUCUGGCUGUCCAUGCCAGUGUGCACAGUGUAUGUCUGUGUGCUCAUGCAUACGCACAGUUACAGGCCACCAAAGCUGGAGGGGCCCUCAGAAUCAUGUAUUCUGCACUUCAUCUUUCAUUUCACCAAUAUGACUGAACACUGUUUAUGGGCCAGUACUAGGGCAUUCACAGAUGAAUUAAACAUGUCCCAACAGUCCUGCCCACUGGUUCCCAGCUGUCAGUAUGCAGACAUAAUUUAUCUUGCUGGGGAAGCUGAAGGAUGCAUUCCUGGCCCACACCUUAGGAGUCUGAUUCAGUAGGCCAGAGUCAGGAAUGGAUAUAUAUGCUUACAGCCCCUUGGGCCGCUCCAACACAUAGUAGCAGCAGCCAGAGUCAUGUCCAGGUGUAUCAUUUAUUGAGAUGGAUUCCUAGCAUCCAAGUGGACAUGACUUGGCCCAGGAUUGGUACUUACAAGCCAAAUGACCUUGAGUGGGUGAUUUGACCUCAUUGGACAUGUAUAAGGACAUGUAUCCUUAUUUCUAAAACCAGAAUAGAAGGUGAAGGUUUGUUUGUGUAUGUGUGACACUUCGAUGCUCCUAUGCUCGUGUAGAAUGGGCACCUCCCUUUCACCUGGGCGCAUAGAGCCUUCAGACCAGAUGAAGGUGGCUGCCUGGCUUCCCCAGCCGGUGCUGCCAGGGCACCCCUGUCUGUGGGGCUGAGGACAGGACCCGGGCCGUGGGCUGCAGUUGUGGCAUAGGGCCGCUGGGGGGCAGGCUUUAGCUUUCUAGCUCCUGCUGCUCAGGUGUCUGUUCAGCUACAGCACUGUUCAUGGAAAGGCAGGAAGUUAUUCCGUGUGCUUCUGUGCUAAUACGAGAACUGGGGCCUUCAGCUUCCUAAAACCCACAGUGGUCUGUGCCAGGAUUGCUUCCAUCUGGGAAGCCUCUCCCAAGCCUAGGGGUCGGACUCUGGCAUCUUCCUGCAGAUGGAGAGGAAGAAGUGUCUCAGUCAGCCAAGAGCUUCACAAGGUGAUGUUCCAAGGGGCCCAUGGAAGUGGACACUGGGUGGUUCCCAGUCCCAAUCCUGGGUGUGGAACAGAUCAAACCAUCACAGAACCUUCGGAGGCCUGCAUCUGACCUUGUCUCCACCCCACCCUCCCUUCCCCCUGCAUGGAGGGUCAGUCCUUCUCUUUGCAGGGGAAGGCAGUGGGCACAGGUGCUUGGUGAGGCACUCUGGCUCCAUAGGGUGGCUGGAGUUUGGCUUCAGCCCUUCCCUUCCCAUCCAGGAGAGCUCAGUUUCCAGGGGUUUAGGCCUGCUGUGACCUAGGAUGACACCCUUGCUGCGACCCCUCUAUACCCUCUCACCAUCUCUGCUUGACCUGGCAUUCUGCUGAUGAUAUUCAUGUUUGUUGUUUGCCAGGUACCAGGGAAGGUUAAAAGAUCAUUAAGGCCUGAGGCCUAGAUCCUUUCUCUUGGAGGCUCAUACUCUUCUGGAGAUGGAGACAGACACAGAGUUGUGUCAGGGUUGAAUGGAACUGGGCUGGAGGGUCAGGGUGAGGGUGGCUAAAGGAAAUAGGGCAGUCACGGUGGCCUGAGGCCAGAUCAUACAGGGUCUUGAGUGCAGUCAAGGAGUGUGGCUUUCUCUGAAUGUGCAAUUUCUAAGCAGAGGAGUAACAAGCUCAGGGCUUGGGAGAUGGCCUGAGAGCUUUAAGAAGAUGAAAUGACUUAAAUAAGCAAGGCCGACAGGCAGGUUUACAGUAUGUCCUGGAAAUGCACUGUUCUAUUUGUACAACCUUUAUGUAAAUAUGAAAUUAUUUCAAAAUAAAAAAUUAAAAGGAAA